ACCCAGGAGACUCGGAGCCUCUUGGUUCAUGCGUAGCUCUUCUUCUUUUGUUUUUGAUCUUACAAGAAGAAAAAAAAAGAGAGAGAGAGAUAGGUUACUUUUUUUUCCUCGAAUAUUCUCACUUUCCUCAUAUUCUACACAUAAGUGAAUAUCCUUCAUUGUAUCUACACAGCUUUGAUUUUUCUUUGGUUCGGUUUUAGAAAAGAAAAGUCCCAAAGAAUUCAAGAUUUUGAUUUGUGAGAUUCUCUAAGUCGGAACUCAGGAGUUGAAUUUGGAAAGUUAGAAGAGGUAUCGUGUUGAUCAAGCUAAAAGCAUUGAUUGUUUCUUAAUGGCGACGGAGCAACAAGAUUCACGACUCUGUUUGGCAUCGAUCCUGGAGGGUUUUAUCAAAGAACGAAACAUUCGAGUUAGCGUUGAUGUUGAUUCCAGUUCCAAAAAUCCGGAUGAAACUUGUGUAGUUGGAGGAAGAGAUUUGCCAGCAGAUCCUUCAGACUUGAAAAGGAAUGAAGCAGCAAGAUGGAUAAGACACACGCUUGGUGUAGUUGGAGGAAGAGACUUGCCUGCAGAUCCUUCAGAGGAUGACUUCAGAAUCGCAUUGAGAAGUGGCAUUUUGCUCUGCAAUGUCCUCAACAAAGUUAAACCUGGUGCUGUCCCAAAAGUCGUUGAAGCUCCAAAUGAUCCUCUUGUUAACCAAGAAGGUGCAGCUCUAUCUGCAUUUCAGUACUUUGAGAACCUUCGGAACUUUCUUGUGGUUGUGGAGGAAAUGGGUAUUCCCACAUUUGAAGUCUCCGAUUUUGAGAAGGGAGGCAAAUCCGCAAGAAUAGUGGAGUGUGUCUUGGCUAUCAAGUCAUACCGCGAGUGGAAACAGAGCGGUGGAAGCGGUACAUGGAGAUACAUUGUGACUUCGAAACCAACCACGUUUGGGAUCGCAAAACAAUACAAACGCAAAGACUCGGAAGCACCUGUGGAUGCAGCAGUCACAACAAGUAGCCCUUCUAACACUCCACCCAGUGAACAAACUCUGUUUGAUUCUAAUACCGAAAAUGGAGGAACUGCCAGUUCAAUAGAUGCCAUUGUCCGUGCGGUUUUUUCUGAUAAGAGUAAAGAAGAAGUUCCCAGUAUUGUGGAAGAUAUGCUGAAAAGUGUCAUGGUGGAAUAUGAACGUAGAUUGGCUACACAGAACGAAUUGUACAAAGAAGAAGAUGUGACAAAGACGGUAACCAACAACAUGGAAACUUCACAAGCUAAUAACGCCGAAGAAACUAAAGUCCAAGAUCGUGACGUCUACGUAAUUUCAAAAGACAAAGCCGAGAAGCAACAACUGAUUAUCCAUAGACAGCAAACUCAGACUGAGGAACUGAAACACGAUAUAAAGGCUGUAAAAGCAGGUCUUAGUCACUUGCAGAUGAAAUACCAGCAAGAGUUUGCAAGUUUAGGUGAGCAUUUGCGUGGACUUGCGUAUGCAGCUACAGGAUAUCAAAGAGUUCUUGAAGAGAACCGGAAACUUUACAAUCAAGUCCAGGACCUUAAAGGGAGCAUACGGGUUUAUUGUCGAGUGAGACCGUUCUUGCCUGGACAAACAAGUGCCUUGACCACAGUGGAUCACAUAGAGGAGUCAACUAUAUCAAUUGCUACACCUUCAAAGUAUGGCAAAGAAGGUCACAAGUCAUUCACCUUCAACAAAGUGUUUGGACCUGCAGCAUCUCAAGAGGCGGUGUUUGCAGACACACAACCUCUGAUAAGGUCUGUUCUUGAUGGUUACAACGUUUGCAUAUUUGCUUAUGGUCAAACAGGAUCAGGAAAAACUUUCACCAUGAUGGGACCUAAUGAACUGACUGAAGAGAGCUUAGGAGUAAACUACAGAGCACUGAGUGAUCUCUUUCACCUCUCAAGUGUUAGAAAAGAAACGUUUUCGUAUAAAAUCUCAGUCCAGAUGCUUGAAAUCUACAACGAGCAAGUCAGAGAUCUCCUUGCUACUAAUGGCCAAACCAACAGGUUAGAGAUCCGAAACAGUUCACAAGAUGGAAUCAACGUCCCAGACGCCACGUUGGUCCCAGUCUCCACAACUUCAGACGUCAUUCACUUGAUGAAUCUCGGUCAGAAGAACCGUGCGGUCAGCGCCACGGCCAUGAACGACCGUAGUAGCCGCUCUCACAGCUGUCUGACGGUCCACGUCCAAGGAAGAGAUCUGACGUCAGGAGCCACGCUGAGGGGCUCGAUGCACUUGGUUGAUCUCGCUGGAAGCGAGCGGGUGGACAAGUCUGAGGUGACCGGCGACAGGUUGAAAGAGGCGCAGCACAUCAACAAGUCUCUCUCUGCUCUCGGAGACGUGAUUGCGUCUCUCUCUCAGAAAAACAACCACAUCCCUUACCGCAACAGCAAACUCACCCAGCUGCUCCAGGACUCGUUAGGAGGACAAGCGAAAACGCUCAUGUUUAUACACAUUAGCCCUGAAGUAGAUACUCUGGGAGAAACACUCAGCACCUUGAAGUUUGCAGAGAGAGUGGCUACGGUUGAGCUUGGUGCUGCUCGUGUUAAUAAAGACACUUCUGAGGUUAAAGAACUCAAAGAACAGAUUGCUAGUUUGAAACUUGCACUGGCGAGAAAGGAAAGCGAGUCAGAUCAAACAAGAGUCCUUACACCUGAUAAACUCCUGAGAAGAAAGUCACUUGGUGUCUCUAAAUCAGCAAACACAAGACAGUUUCAGACAAAACACAAGCCAUCAUCAGUACUGGUUGAUGAUGCCAACAGCAUUGAGGGUCAAAGCGACUCUGCAUCGAGCGUUGACUUACAAGGACUAGUUGGUUCUUCACCACCUUCGUGGAAAAGCCCCUCUACAGAUGGGAAAGACCAGGAGGAAGUGGAGAUUAGGGAAUGGGUUGAUAAACACGAAGACGAGAUCACGAGAUCACAAAGACAGCUCGAUAAGAGAGUGUCUAGCUUGAAACGUGAACCGUCAUUACCACGAAGCGUGGAGAGCAGGAAAGGCAAUGUAGUAGAUAAAGCUGGGUUUGAGGUGAGGAAGAUUCCGUACGAAGAAGAAGCGAACGAGUCUGAUGAGACGGCGACGAGCGAUGGGUCUCAUGAGUCGUCUAACAUGAUGUGGCAGUUGAAUGUACAAGUGAACGUGCCUAGAGCAGCUGCUUCCUCUAAUGGCUCGUCCGGUUCAUCAACUAAGCUAAAGAAGAGUCUAACAAAAACCAAGAGUAUGAUACCUUCGCUUAUACCGGCGCCUACGAGGAGACUAUCGCUUGGGGCAAAUAGUUCACCAGGACAAACUUCCUCGUCAAGGCAGAGUAGUAGUAACACUUUAGUUGUGAAGAAGAGACAGAAUCCCAAGUAACAAUGAUAAGAGAGACCAAAGGGCGUUACAAACAUUUUGGGCCUUUUUUGUUUUGGUUUUAGCGAGCCCAUUCAUAUGUGGUGGUCAUAUAUGUAUACAUGCCAUAUACGAAGAGUAGAAGAAUACGUGUGAACCAUAGGUUAUAUACUUGGGUAUGUUUUUAUGUUUGUUUUGGGUGGCAUUUUGUAGAGAGAAAAAAAAAACUUGUGUUCGUUCUAUGGGGUUUUGUUUGAUUGUAAAUUGUGAUUGAUUGACAAAUAUAUAUUGUAUACUACUACUUCUCAAGACAUUAUUACUUGGCGUUCUGU